CGAGACAUGUGGUCUCCUCCUUUGCCCACCAAUGGACUGUCUCCACUUCCUUCGCGAAAUGCUGCCACCCGUUCACCAUUAUCUCCUUCAUUGGGAUAUAGCCACCGUCAUCGACACGUUUGUGAUGAGGAAGAUGAUAGCAAAGAUGAUAUUCGUCGGCGAUAUGAUCGCUGUCGUAAUCACGGCGACGAUAAUCGUCGACGAGACCAUCGCCGAUCCCCUCCAGCUGAACGACAUCAUACCACUGUCGCUUCACCUGACUGUCUAAUUCCAUUUGCCACCGGCACAAGACAUCGUCGACAUUUAGAUGUGGCCAGAUCACCUGAGGUCGUAUCUGCUCCUCUAGAAGUCAAACGCUCGGGAAAGCCAGCUUUCUUGGCUGGUCGGCAUGUGGUUGAGUUCCAAGACAGCUAUGUAGUCAACAUUGAGACGCGCCAUGCCAAGCCAAGUCAAAAGCUAACCCCCGAAACCGAGAAGACUGGCGAGCAAAGCCCUGCAAUUCGUUCCUGUCAGCAGCUGAAUCCAAGCGAGGGAGGCACAGAUCGCAACAAGCAUGUGAAUAUCGUUCUGAAUAAAAAAGAGGUAACAACGGUUGUUGAAGAACUGUCCUUACAUCGCUCGGCAGCCGGCGCCUUUUCUUCCUCUCCAUCACCUCCGGCUGAGCCAUUUUCUAAACUCGACUCAACACAACGGCCUGACGUUGACUCUGUUGCCAUGCCUCCUGGACUUCUUUCUACCGGCUUAGAUAAGUCUACUACGCCUGGUAUGGACACUGGGGCUAGCCAUCUGCCUAGCCUUACGGUUGACCCCGACUCUGCCCAAAAGAGACGCAGCUCAAAUGGUAGUCGAAGUCGGAGCCAGAGCUCUGAGCACGUUCGCAAGCUGCCACACGAUCCCGGCCGCCAUGGCGGUAGGUCCCGAGACCCUCCUGUUAGCUUGGUUAGUUCGAACAGUCUAAGCAGGCGUAGUCGCAGUCGGGGAAAUAGGCAUGGACGCGGAGGCAGUCGAUCCUCAGAUGACUCUUCUCGGUCUGGUUCAUCGCCGCCUAGCCGCUUUACUGGUAGCAGUAGUUGGCAGCACCGGAGUCCUCCGCCCCACCUCCUUAAGCUGUAA